UCUUCUCCCCUCCUUCAGAGGCAUAAAAUUAUUCGCUGUGGAAGCUCCUCACUCGAUCCCGAAUUCCCUAAGAAAGGAGAGACUGAAAGAGCGAGCUCCUUCUCUACUCGACUAAAAAAAAUAAAAAUUUAGGGUUAGGGGUCGUGGAAUCGAUGUCCGGCCUGAAUCGAUUUAGUAGCGUUCCGUUUAAGAACGGCGGUCUUCCUCCACAAGAACUCCUCGACGAUCUCUGCAGUAGGCUUGUUCUAAAUGUGCCAAAAGAAGACCAGCAAUCGUUCGAGAGAAUUCUAUUUCUGGUCGAGAACGCGCAUUGGUUCUAUGAAGAUAAUUCUGUCGAGAAAAAUCCCUCAUUAAAGUCCUUCACCUUGAAGGAAUUCACUUCUUUAAUGUUUAACAGUUGUGAUGUUUUAAGACCGUAUGUUGCUCAUAUUGAUGAUAUUUUUAAGGAUUUUACUUCUUACAAAGUUAAAGUUCCGGUGACCGGUGCGAUUAUUUUGGAUGAGACUUUUGAACGGUGCUUGCUAGUGAAGGGAUGGAAAGGGACGAGCUGGAGUUUCCCAAGGGGAAAAAAGAACAAAGAUGAGGAAGACCAUGCUUGUGCUAUCCGAGAAGUGCUGGAGGAAACUGGCUUUGAUGUUUCAAAUCUUCUUAACAAAGAUGACUACAUUGAAGAGAUGUUUGGACAGCAGAGGGUGCGGCUUUACAUAAUUGCUGGUGUGAAGUAUGAUACUGCCUUUGCACCUCUUACGAAAAAGGAGAUCAGUGAAAUUGCAUGGCAGCGGCUUGAUGAACUUCAGUCAGCAAGUGACGAAGUAAUAUCUCGCAGCAUCACUGGCCUCAAGCUUUACAUGGUUGCUCCGUUUUUAGUGUCUUUGAAAUCGUGGAUUUUGUCACACCAGCCCCCUGCAGCCCCAAGACCUGAUAUGCCUCUCAAAGCUACGUGUGUGUGGAAAGCGAAGAACACUUCUUUAGGGAGCGGCACAGUGAUAACAGAGAGCCAUUUAACUAAGCCUGUAUUUGAUGCUCAUCCUCUUGACAUGGGCCCUGGCAAGAGCUUCAGAAAUUUUAGAUUUGAUACUGCUGCAAUCUUGCAAGCGAUGGAAUCUGGGUUUUCUGCUUAACUUUCCAAACUCCUUUUCUUUCUUCUGUUUUUGUGAAUGCUCUAUAUGCUCACAUAGCUGGUUAGCAUUUCUCUUGUAACCAAAACAUCAUCAUCAGUCACCUCCAUGCCAACUUGUUAGCUGUACCCGAUGUAUAUUGUUCGUGUCAGAAUUCCAGGUUUGGGUUUUAUGUAUAUCCUUUACAGAAGCCAGUUUGUGAUUAAAAGCGCACUUUCAUGGUUUUUCAUUCGAAAACAAAAUGUCGUUCCUUGACACAUUAAAAACAAAGUGGAUUUUAUCCUCUUUUGAGAAAGUAUUUGAAAGUUACUAAUUGCAAAAAAAAGAUUUGAGAGGAAAAAUUAAAUACUGGUCAUCAUCUCUAAUAGAGGGUGCACACCGAGUCUUGCAAAGUUAUUGUACCUCUGAUUGUUGCAAGGAUAUGUGGUGGUAUUUUGGUCAAGGAAUAAUUUCUUUUGACUGCUUUACACAGAGACCGUAGAGUUGUCUGCCUGGUAUUUAGCAGGAUUAACUACGCAUGAUGUCUGGUAAAUUUUUAUAGAUGAUUGACUGGAAAAAGAGCUUUACAUUUAAUGUUCAUGCACCUCAUGCUGAAGUAGCCAACAUUGAACGAAAGUGAGCAGCUGAAUUAAUGGCAUGUGCACUUGCAUGUCCUUAAAAUAACAUUAUGGUUAUCCAUUUUAUUUCCCUUUCACGAAUAACCAUUAAAACAAUGAUGAUCUUAGUCCAGCUGUUGUAUAUGCCACACUUUUUUAACUAUCUUUAUUUUGUUCUUUGCUAUUGUUAGCGAUGAUGUAGUGAAAUAUAAUUUCUCCUUUAUUCUUGUGGUUCAAGUCUUCCUAAACUAUAGGGUGGUUGGAAAGAUUCUGUCUAUUAUUGGAUUCUAACUAUGCUCAUGUGAUAUCUGUUUCUUUAAUGUGCAACUUUUUGUGAAAAGCUUCUUUUUGGUGUCUACAGGAUCUCUCAGAGAUUUGAUAUGACAUAAAAAGAUGAGAAGGGAAAAAAAAAAGGGAAAAAAAGAAGAAUAUUCUAGUGAAGGAUACGAGUCAUGUGUUACUGGGUGGUUUGCGUUGUUCGAAAUCUAGACCGUGAUUGACUUCAGGUCAUAAAACUGUAUUGCUAGCAACAAGUAGAUGUAAGUUGUAGUGUGAUUUUGGAUCGAACCCACGGGUUUUUUUGUCUUCCUCAAGCUUGGGCCAAAUUUACUUGAAAAUCAAGGAAUAUACCGAUUGCUGCCUUGAAGACAUGGACCCCAUUGAAAGCUCCGUGUAGUUAUUUUAGCCGACUGUAAGGUGGAAGGAGCCUGCAAUUGAUAACGGCUAGCUUGAAGUUUCAACUUUCAAGUGGCCCUGGCUUUCUUCUCAUUUAUUGACAAUGGGAGUCACGAGCUAUCCUGCUUCAAUUACAAUGGCCCUUAGUUUCAGCAUCUUGAUUCCAUGGCCUGUUAAGAAAUACAAGUUUAUAGGGACCUUGUAGAGCGGGAUUGAGGCGGUACUUCAGCUGUAAUGACCUUGACUGAAAAAUGCUCUUUUCUGGCUUCUCUCUGUUGUUCUCCGGUGCAGAUUCUGCCUCGAGAUAUUUGGUGUGGAAGGAACGUUAUUUUUCAAAUCUUUCUAGAUUGGUCAUUGUUCAUAAAUUUUCUAGAGGGGUCCAGCAAAUUGUAUUCUUGAAACUCUGUAUUUUCAAGAGACGUUAAUGCUGGUCAAUGAACUUUAUUAUCACGAGUUCUUUUUUUU